AUGAGUCCGGUAUCUCCAAAAGGGAUCACCACACCGCAGGACGGGAAGAUCAAUUGUCCGGUGUCGCUUUGUUUACGGCGUCGAAGCGCCCGCCACAACAUUCGCUUCGUUCUCCAUCUCAGCAAAGGACUCUGUUCCAACAUGUGGCCCUUCUUUGUCCCCUCAAUCCUAACCCCGGACUAUACCUGGCCGGCACCCGCCGUGUCAACUGUCCGGAGAACCACCCCACCGGUUCCCGCCGUACCAGGCCCCAUCAGCAGAUGGCUGUGCGGUAAGGCGCAUGGUUUUCUCUACCAUGUCUCCCGAUGCUACUGCUACCUAUUCGGGAUAUAUUUCGAUCCGCAAAUUAUUCAACUGCCCUUCGGGCUUAUAUUGAAAUGGACAGAUCGCACGAGUGUUGAGGAGGUCAUUGCAAUGCAAAUGGUUCGGGCGGCUGGCAUUCCAGUCCCAAGAGUCCUCAGCUGCGGCGAGCACGUUACCCCACACUUAACGCGCGAGGUCUCAAUACUCAUGACGAGAUUACCGGGAUUCACUCUAGUGAACCUUGAUGACCCUUUAGAGGUUGACGAUGAGGGUCCGUGGCUCGAAGAACUCAGAACCUGCGUCCACGCUAUGCGCGAGUGGGAGCCGCCAAGUCAGGAAACCAUCUGCUCGCCUAUUGGAACGGCCCUCCGAAGCUCGCGUGUCCCUGAUCAUAUCAUGGGCCCUUUCAUAGAUCACAAAUCAUUCUACCAGCACCUUUUUGCGCCAGCAUCACAGCACGGUUUCAAAUCUAUUAAUGAGUAUAAUGAGACCCUCGCUACUGCGAGGCAGUUACAACAACGCCCUUAUAGAGUGAAAUUCACUCAUGGAGACUUCAAAGCUCAUAACAUUCUAAUCAAUGAUGAUGGACAUUUGUCUGGCUUUCUCGACUGGGAAUCUGGGGGUUGGUAUCCUGAAUAUUGGGAAUUCACAACCGCAAUGAGGUUUGGGAGAGACAGCUGGUGGUAUCAGGUCGCUAUGUGGAUGGGCGGUCACAAAUAUAAAGAGGAGUUGGAAUCGGAUAGAGCUUUGAAUCUUCUAACCGUGGACUCCUACAUAGCAUUUUAAGAGGACAUUAAACUAACUAGUACCGGGUCUCAACGGG